AUGAGUCGUCAGGCCGGCUACAGCCAGCAGUCCUGCAGGUCUUCCAGUGGGAGCCGCCGGCAGGGCUUCAGCGGGCGCUCAGCCGCGGUGUCGGGCCAGAGCCGGGUCACCUCCUCCAAGUCCUCCUUGGCCGCCCGCUCAGGUGGGGGUGGCGGUGGGUCUGCCGCCUGUGCCAUGAUGGGAGGAGGCUUCGGCAGCAGGAGUCUCUACAACCUGGGGGGGAGCAAGAAGAUCUCCAUCAGCGUGGCUGGAGGCAGCAUCCGGGCUGGAGGGUUUGGGAGCACCAGUGGGGGAUAUUUAGGAGGCAGUGGUUUUGGAGGUGGUGGAAGAGGGAUGGGCGGGGGCUUUGGUGGAAGAGCUAGGGGCUUUGGAGGGGGAGUUGGUGGCUUUGGAGAAGGGGCUGGUGGCUUUGGUGGCCCUGGUGGUUUUGGUGGCCCUGGUGGUUUUGGUGGCCCUGGUGGCUUUGGCCCAGGUGGCUUCCCUGGGGGAAUCCAGGAAGUGACUGUCAACCAGAGCCUCCUGCAGCCCCUCAAUGUGGAGAUCGACCCCCAGAUUGGGCAAGUAAAGGCUCAGGAGCGGGAGCAGAUCAAGACCCUCAACGACAAGUUUGCCUCCUUCAUUGACAAGGUGCGGUUCCUGGAGCAGCAGAACAAGGUUCUGGAGACCAAGUGGAGCCUCCUGCAGGAGCAGGGAUCUGGCACUAACACUAACAACCGCAACUUGGAGCCUUUUUUUGACAACUACAUCAGCAGCCUCAGGGCCUUUCUGGAUGGUCUGCAUGUUGAGAAGGACAAGCUGCACGAGGAGCUGAGGAGCAUGGAGGGGAUGGUGGAGGACUUCAAGAAGAGAUAUGAAGAGGAGAUCAGCAAGCGCACUGCGGCAGAGAAUGACUUCGUCGUCUUGAAGAAGGACAUUGAUGCUGCCUACAUGACCAACGUGGAGCUGGAGGCCAAGGUGCACAGUGUGACGGAUGAGGUCAACUUCUUGAAGGCCCUCUAUGAUGCCGAGCUAUCUCAGAUACAGUCAGACACAGGCGACACGUCUGUGGUCCUGUCCAUGGACAACAACCGCUGCCUGGACCUGGAUAGCAUCAUCGCCGAGGUCCGCACCCAGUACGAGGCCAUCGCCCAGAGGAGCAAGGCUGAGGCUGAGGCUCUGUACCAGUCCAAGUUGGGUGAAUUGCAGACCACAGCCGGCAUGCAUGGGGACGACCUGAAGAGUAUCAAGAGUGAAGUCAUGGAGCUCAGCCGGAUGAUCCAGAGGCUGCGGGCCGAGAUUGAGAGCGUCAAGAAGCAGAAUGCCAACCUGCAGACAGCCAUUGCUGAUGCAGAGCAGCGCGGGGAAGUGGCCCUCAAGGAUGCCAAUGCCAAGCUUCAGGACCUCAAGGCUGCCCUGCAGCAGGCCAAGGAGGACCUGGCCCGGCUGCUGAAGGAGUACCAGGAGCUGAUGAAUGUCAAGCUGGCCCUUGACAUUGAGAUCGCCACCUACCGGACCCUCCUGGAGGGCGAGGAGUGCAGGAUGUCUGGGGAGUGCCAGAGUUCUGUGAGCAUCGAGAUGCUUCACAACACCACCACCAGCAGCAGCAGUGGCGGCAGCGGCGCCCUGGGAGGAGGAGCUGGGGGUCGAGGAGGCCUGGGGAGCGGGGGCCUGGGGAGCGGCGGUCUGGGCAGCGGGAGUCUGGGCAGCGGAGGCCGGGGCAGCAGGGCCAGCCGCGGGGGCCUGGGCUUGGACGGCAGUUCCGCCGGGGGCUCCGCGGUGCGCGGGGGCGUCUCCAAUUCCGGGGGCUCGUGCGCCGUCAGCGGGGGCGGCGGUCGCAGCUCGGUCCGGGUCACACAAAGCUCCUCCCAGAGCCAGCGGUCCCACCACAAACUCUGAACGUUGUCUCGGACCCACCGGCCCCCUUCACCUGCCGGCACACUCUAGCUCUGUACGCCCUUUCACAUACCCGUGCGACCCUUUCCCUACGUAGCUUCUGCGGCUGGCAGAGCAGCCCAAAAUUUCCUGGGAAGGGUGAUCAGGCGGAAAAACCAUCUACUCCCAUAAGGCCGAGCCGCGGGGCAGUGCCCAGGGGCUGGGCUGUGUCACCGCCCCCGCCCCGCAGGGCUCCCCACCCCAGCCCAUGUUCCGCUGUCCUAUGGGAAAGCCCCAGCCAGCCCUGUGCACAACCGGCUACCCCCUCUCUCUCGGCGCCCCCUCUCCCCGCAAUCUCCUGUUGAUGUUUUGGUCUCCCUCCAGCAGUACUUUUCCUUUCCUGGCACCAAGAUAUGUAUGAAUUUUCUGUUCUGUAUCUGCAAUAAAACGCAUUUAUUCAGAC